AGCAGCUGGGGCCUGAUGUCUUCUAGUGAGAAGCAGCUAUCUGGGCCUCCUGCUCGGCCCAGGGCACCACACCCCACGGCCAGCCUCUUCCCCCCUCCUGCUCCUCAGCCCCACCAAGCUGGGCCCCAGAGGAGGAGGAGGAGCUUUGGCCCAGGGUAUAAAAGGCUCCAGCCCUGGAAGGAGCUCCAGCUCAGCCCAGAAGGUUUUCUCCAGCAGCCGAGAGAAACACAGCCAGCCAUCAUGGUGCACUGGACCGCCGAAGAGAAGCAGCUCAUCAACACUUGCUGGAGCAAAGUGGACGUGGCCGCCUUGGGUGGGGAUGUCCUUGUCUGCUUGCUGUCCGUCUUCCCCUGGACCCAGAGAUUCUUCCCUACCUUUGGGGACCUCUCCAGCCAUGCCGCCAUCUGUGCCAACACCAAAGUCAAGCAGCACGGCCACAAGGUCCUGGCCUCCUUCGGAGAGGCCAUCAAGAACCUGGACAAGAUCAAGGAGACCUUUGCCAAGCUGAGCGAGCUGCACUGCGACAAGCUCCACGUGGACCCCGUCAACUUCGGGCUCUUGGGCGAGGUCCUCAUCACCAUGCUGGCCGCGCGCUUUGGGAAGGAAUUCACCCCUGCUUACCACCACGCCUUCCACAAGCUGGUCAAGGUGGUGGCUCAUGCGCUGGCCCACCGGUACCACUGAGGCACCCCCAGGGAGAAGCGGCUGCCUCCUGCUGGUCUCGCCACCCACCGGGUGGGGUGGGGGACACCCCUUCCUGCCCCCAUGUGACGCUUGACCCUCUAAUAAAUCCUUCCUCUGCAAUCUGA